GUUCAAGCAGAAACAUCUAAAAAUUCAUAAGGUAAAUAUCAAUAAUAAACAAAUUACAACACAGAAAUUAUUUUCAGCAAUCCCUAAGACCAUUUUCUGGGGAUCAAACAGCCUGUCAGAAUAAAUCAUAAGAUAUUGAACUCGUAAAGGGAUUUGAUUUCUCAAAGCUACUGAGUUGAAGACUUAUUCCAGAAUGACAGAGCAGAAGCAAAUCGCGCCCAUUCCACGCAUUGAACCAUAUAUACAACCAGUGAAUGGGAUCGUACAGCCGCCGGUGCUGCCUCUUCCCAACCGCCCUGGUAGAAAGACGAACGUGUUGGAGGAGUUGAAGAAGGUUUUAAAUUAUAUCUGGCGCAGCCGCUGGUCGCAGCACUUCAAGAAGCCAGUAGAUGCAAUUGCCCUGGGGAUCCCCGACUAUCACAAUGUGGUGAAACAUCCGAUGGACCUCUCGACGAUCAAGAAGCGAUUGGACAAUAAUUACUAUUGGCAAGCUGACGAAGCUUUGGAGGACUUUCAACUGAUGUUCGAGAACUGCAUGUUGUUCAAUCUGGAGGGCACUCCCGUAAAUAUGGCCGGAAAGGAAUUGCGAAGCUUGUUCUACACCAGACUGGUGUCGAUUGACUUCGACAACGAAGUGGAGCUGAAACCCAAGGAGGACAAGAAGAAGCGCAAGUUACAGUCGACCACAUAUUCCUAUUCCAAGGCCUAUCCCAGUGCCAUGGAAGUUAAGAGCGAAAUUCCACCUGCCCCCUUGGGGCCGAAUGUAAACUACGACCACAUCGAUGGCCAGAUAGAGCGAAAAUAUUGCGACCACUUCUUGAGGACCCUACGCAAGGAAAAAUACUUGCUCUCUACCUGGCCAUUUAACAACGGCGAUCUGUGGCGCGAGUAUGGUAGUAACAAGAAGUACGAUCACAAUGUAGAGGAGGUACUUGAUUGGCCCACUAUUGAGCACAGACUGAGAAUCAAGGAGAUCAAAGGCAUGAACGACUUUGAGACAACACUGAAAAAGAUGUACACGAAUGCCUUAAGAUGCUUCUCCACUGAAAUAACUGUUCGGGCUUCGGUGAAGAGAGCUCGUGAAAUAUUUGACGGACUCUUGCCGAGAUACAAAAAACAAAUUGCAGACGCAAAACACGAGAUCCGAUCUGUGGUAACCCGACGCCUUAAGAAUCUAUCCGAUGCGGAUGACUUUUGCGGAGAACUUCAAAAGAGGACUUCAACCGUCUUUGAAGAGAAUGAGAUACCGCUUGACGUUCCCUCGGUACAUAUGCCGUUCACAAAAACUGACAUACAAGGCACUUCUAAGCCAUUGAAUCAAGCAGACGAGAUCCCAGUUAAUCCACCCAGUAUCAUCUCUGCUGACAAAAUAAAUAAGAAUGCGGACAAAUUCAUUGUAACGGAAACCGCACCUAAUAACAAUAAUAACAAUAAGAAUGUGGCUGCCCGAAAGAAAACUAAAAAAACUUCGGAGCUACGUCCCCUAAUCUACGGAGGCAAGGAUAUAAAAGCAGUCGGCCCGAGGGAGAUAUCAAGAUUGUCCGCCAGCGACACCUCGAGCGUCCACAGUAGCAGCGAAGGAGCCGGCAUUUUAGACGACGAUGUAAAUGUAUCUGGGGAAGAUAGCGAUGCUUCCAUGUAAUAAACAUCCCGCUCGUUCAUACCAGUAUUUAUCCGAUCUUCGGAGAGACAACAAUUCAACAGCAUUAGAUAAUAAAAUCGAUGGAAUCCGAACCAAUCUGAGGACUCUUACAAAUGUACCUGUAACAACUGUCAAUAUUCAUACAUAUAUUGUAUUACAGACAUAAUAAAAUCGUCAUUUAUAA